AUGGCAGAAUGGAUCAGCAAGUUGUCAGUGCUGAGCUCAUGCCCUGUUGCAGCUGCCUCAGCCAGAAGGUGUCACUCCAUCUAUAAGGGUUUUGCUCGCUGUCUGAUGGCGCUGGGAGACAGUCUGACAGAAAGUGCUCAGAGAGAGGAGGACACACACGAGAUCCACUCCAUCUGCAGAUCGUGGGAUGACUUUCAUGACUGUGCCAACCUGGCGAUGUCCGGCUGUCCCAACGAAGCCGCGGCUGUCUGGGAGUCCCUUCGCAAGGAGUCCAAGAAGAUGCAGUUCUCCGGAAACCUCUACGACAUGUGCUCCAACCACAGCCAACCGGCGGCCACCGUCUCCCCGCAGGGCCCGCCCAGCCAGGAAGAGAUCAACAAGGAGUCCCUGAAGGGCCACACCGAUAAGCUGCCCGGGCCCCUCCAGCUCCUGAUUCUACUUCCUCUGCUGCUGUUUUGGUGGUGGAUAUAG